AAAAGGAAGUAGCGGUGCGCUGGGGCGCCAGCGGUGACCGCGACGAUAGCGGUGACCGAAGGAGGAGAAGGCGGCCGCGGGCUGGCGGUUAGAGGCGGGGCCGGUUCCUCGGAGCCGCUCGGGACAGGAGUCAGGUGCGGAGUAGCAGGCUGGCUGAGGCCGAAUUGUUUGCAGUCAGCGCGGCGGUUCCAACCAUGGGUUUGUCUGCAUCUACCCCUGCUGUUGCAGUUCAGACCUCAGAUGCUUCAGAUCAUCAGACGGCAUCCCCGCCUUCAGGAUGUCCCAUGCAUGAAGGGAAAAUGAAAGGCUGUCCUGUGAGCACAGAGCCAUCUAACCCAACUUGUGAGAACAAAAUGAACUCUGUGCCCUCCCACCAAGAUCGUGCGUAUGAGUACGUGGAAUGUCCUGUUACGGGCGCUGUGGCUGAGAAUAAGGAGAACCUAGAUCCUUCUAAUCUGAUGCCACCACCUAAUCAGAUGCCGGCCCCCGAUCAGCCGUUUGCACUGUCUACUGUGAGAGAGGAGUCAUCCAUUCCGAGAGCAGAUUCGGAGAAAAAGUGGGUUUAUCCUUCCGAGCAGAUGUUUUGGAAUGCAAUGUUACGGAAAGGGUGGAAGUGGAAGGAGGAUGAUAUUAGUCAGAGAGACAUGUAUAAUAUCAUCAGGAUUCACAAUCAGAACAACGAGCAAGCCUGGAAGGAGAUUUUGAAGUGGGAAGCCCUUCAUGCUGCGGAGUGUCCUUGUGGUCCAUCAUUGAUCCGGUUUGGAGGUAAAGCGAAAGAGUAUUCACCAAGGGCAAGAAUUCGUUCCUGGAUGGGCUACGAGUUGCCUUUCGACAGGCACGACUGGAUCAUCGACCGUUGUGGGACGGAGGUCAGGUACGUCAUCGACUACUACGACGGCGGGGAGGUCAGCCGGGACUACCAGUUCACCGCCCUGGACGUCCGGCCCGCCUUGGACUCGCUCUCGGCGGUGUGGGACAGGAUGAAGGUCGCGUGGUGGCGCUGGACUUCCUAACCGCGGCUUUGUUAGAGAUGGGGAAAGAGAAACUGUUUUUUUCCCAAGCAAUACAUUAAACUAUUUUCCCCAAACUGAAUUGCUCUCAUGAUGUAGUGGGAAUGGCAAGUAGGUGAGGACGCCUUUCACGUCCCGUGGUGAGGGUGCCCUGUGCCGCGUUCUUUGGUUUUUACCUCGUGCGGUCUGUAGCAGGUAGUUGGAGGUUUCCUUCCCACUUGGCCUAAGUGGGAAGCGCGCUCCCUUGGUUUUUCCUUCAGCUGCAGUAUUGCCUGUGUAUUUAAUCUAGAAAAGUGAGCAGCAUCUGAAAAAGAAGGUUUCUUGUCAUGUGAAGAGAGCUGCUUUUCUCCUUACUCUUUCUCAGGAAUACUUGAGACGUAGAUCUGAAAGCCCACGUUCUGCUGAGGAGCUUUUAGCUGGCCAGGUAUUUGAACUAAUACUAUUUAUUACAAAUAAGUAGUUCUGCUUUUGAAAACGUUACCAGCGUCUCACUGUCCCUACAAGAGCAGCACGCCCUUAAGAAGACGCAGAGCUAUCCACUGGCAAUGCCCUCAGCAAAUCGAGAGCGCAUCUUGGCUCCAGAUUCUCAAUUGUGAGAAUUUUUCAGGCUGGACCUUGUUCUAGAAUAGUUUCAACUCCCCCAUGGUUUGAUGAUGCACGUGCAUUGGAAUCUGUGUUUUCACUUUUUAAAAGAUUCUCAUUUUAACUCCCACUACCCUGCUCCGUACCUCUGCUCCCAGCAAGCACGUCUCACUGCCUGCGGCAUUUGACAGUUUAUGCCCCCCCCCUGAGUCCUGCUCCUCCUGCCUGAAGCCCUCCCUCCAGCCGGCCUCACCAGAACCUUGAAGGCUUGGCGCUAAUCGCAGCACCAGGACGGUCCCUCUCGGAAACACGAUUCUAUGUUGUUGAGUGUUAGGAUUUACAAGAAGAGUGUUCUUCUCCAGAUACAGAAUGUUUCAUCGACUCACUGUCUCGGUGCAGAUUUUUUUCAGGGAGCUCAAAGUUUGCCGUUGAAAUUCUUUCUACCAUUGAUUCAUAAACUGGUUGUUCUACCUACAGCAUGUUACAAAUGACUCUUGGGGGUUUUCUUAAGUGUUGAUAAUAUUCUUUUGAUUUCCCUGGAGUCUGGCGUUAAGUUAGUUGAAGGAACUGGCAGUCGAGUGAUUCAUUUGAUACCGAUUUUUUUGUUGUGUUGGUUUUGUGUGGUGUUUUCAAAAUCGAACAACUUGAAAAUCUUCUACAUGUCAAAAUAUUUGUAUAUUUUAAAAUAAAAUAAAGCUGAUUGAUAGUUCCCAGG